CUGGCUGUCCGUUCACUGGAGGAGGGUCGUCACUCUUUCUUUCUCAAAGCUUAACUGAAUUCGGGUUUCAGUUAUUAAAGUAUGCACGACAUGCGGGCUGAAUGGUCCUCGUGUAGUCCACAGAACAAAAAUGUUAGUCGUGCUUUUUAAAAGUGUUGGUGGCAAAGUGUUGGUGGCGAAGUGUUGGUGGCAAAGUGUUGGUGGCAAAGUGUUGGUGGCAAAGUGUUGGUGGCAAAGUGUUGGUGGCAAAGUGUUGGUGGCAAAGUGUUGGUGGCAAAGUGUUGGUGGCAAAGUGUUGGUGGCAAAGUGUUGGUGGCAAAGUGUUGGUGGCAAAGUGUCGGUGGCAAAGUGUCGGUGGCAAAGUGUCGGUGGCAAAGUGUUGGUGGCAAAGUGAUGAAGCACAAAUAGCGUUUAUGAUCCUUGGUCCUUCCCCCCCCCCCCCCCGCAUCACCUGGGUACCCUGCACCACCUGUGCCCCAGCACCACCUGUGCCCCAGCACCACCUGUGCCCCAGCACCACCUGGGCCCCAGCACCACCUGGGUACUCCACACCGCCUGGCUACACUAGUCAUCCACACAUCAUCCACCAUGGAAAGAAAGCGUACAAUGAACUUUCACUUCAAGAUUAUCCAAGAACAAGAAAAAGAGCAGCACUGCAAGAAAACUACCCACACUUGGACAUUCCCACUCAGUCCAUCUUUACAGCCUCUCAAAUAUUUCGGAGAAAUGGCGACGUACCGAUAGCUGUGAUUCGCCACGAAUUGACUUUAUCAGGUUUCGUACAACACCUGGGAAAUGAUCCGAGAAUGAUAAAGCAGCUUAAAUUCCUUGGAUCAAGAGCGCUUCCCCAAAGCAUCCUCCCCCAUCAGUACCCCGUGAAGGGUGAACUCGGCGAGACACACAUUGAAAUGGACGAUGAGAUGGAGUUCGUUAAAAUGGUGUUGAUUAAACAGCUCAGGGAGCGGUGGAGUCUCGAUCCUCCGUCUGAUCGUCGCACCAGUCAGACUGGAAGGUGAAGAGAGAAGUAUACAAAAUCCCCUACUGGUAAUGUUUCGCCCUCCAAGUGUUCUGUAAUAAAGGUUUUAAU